AAUUUCUGCCACCGUCACUAAACUAUUAUUAUCACCUAGUAACAUUCAACAUUUUUACCAGCCUAGCGCUUCUUCCUGGUUUCUAUAACGUUUCUUUGGAAUGUGCAGGUACUGCUCUUGAUAUUUCAGACAUCUUUGGCUCCACAUGACACAAGCGCCAAUGUCAUUUACCCGAUGUACCUAGCGUGCAUACAGUAAUCUCUUCAGUAAAAUAUACAAUGGACAAAAUGUCAGCUAAGUCGCUCAGAAAGUAACUUAGCUAACUACAAUAUUUGGUAACGUUAGCUACAAAGAGUUUGCACUUGGAGCUUGCUAACUUAGCAUGGAACACUUCAGGACUUUAAGAUCCUUGUUUAAAGUUACCGUUCCCCAACACUGGAGACCGAGCAAGCGUGUCCAACACAGAUAUUGUUCUAAAUUAGCUAACACCGGUGUCACUUCAAGAGAGAGGAAUGUAACUGUAGACAAGUUCAAGAGUCAGAUAUCCUCUGGUCCAAGUUUUCAGGAUUUCAUCAAAGAGGUUUCAGUUAAUAAGACCUAUGCUGCAGAUGGAGAGCACACUGACAAACACAGUUACCUGUCUGAGGACUUGGACAUGGGUAACUCACGGAAAGUGUAUUUCGAAACCUACGGGUGUCAAAUGAAUGUGAACGACACAGAGAUAGCCUGGUCCAUACUACAGAGGAAGGGGUAUCAGCGCACGGCUGACUUAAGUGAGGCAGAUGUUGUCCUUCUGGUAACAUGCUCCAUAAGAGAAAAGGCUGAACAAACCAUUUGGAAUAGACUACAACAACUAACAGCCAUGAAGAAGAGACUAUUAAAGACCCACGCACCGAUGAAGAUUGGGAUUUUGGGGUGCAUGGCAGAGAGGCUAAAGACAGAACUUUUGGAGCGGGAGAAGCUGGUAGAUGUUCUUGCUGGUCCGGACGCCUACCGGGACCUUCCCCGCCUCCUGACGGUCGCUGACGGAGGUCAUCAGGCAAGCAACGUGCUGCUGUCGUUAGAGGAGACCUAUGCCGACAUCAUGCCUGUCCACCUUGCUCCUCAGGGAUACAGUGCUUUUGUUUCCAUCAUGCGAGGCUGCGACAACAUGUGUAGUUACUGCAUUGUUCCCUUCACCCGAGGGAGAGAGAGGAGCCGACCUGUUAGCUCCAUUCUUGAGGAAGUUCGGAUGCUUUCUGACCAGGGUGUGAAGGAGGUGACCUUGCUGGGUCAGAACGUGAACAGCUACAGAGAUACAUCAGAAGAACAGUUCUGUGGCUCGGACCUGACCAAGCUCAGCAGGGGGUUUAAGACCAUCUACAGAACUAAACAGGGAGGUCUGCGCUUCUCCGACCUGCUAGACCGAGUGUCACGCAUCGAUCCUGACAUGAGGAUCAGAUUCACGUCCCCUCAUCCCAAGGAUUUCCCUGAUGAGGUACGUAAUACACUCACUUUUAAUUCUGCUAGGAGAGCAGGAGCAGCUCGUGUAUGCUGUCAAUCAUAGUUCUUAGAGUGAAAG